AUGGCGGUGGUGAUGGAAGGUCCUCUCUCAAAAUGGACAAAUGUCGUGAAAGGAUGGCAGUACCGGUGGUUUGUUUUAGACGACAAUACGGGGCUUUUGUCCUACUACACGGUUAGUGUAAUUUCUUUAAGAAUUUUGAUUAAGUUGGACAGAAAUUGCAGGAAGAAGACGAAUCUUUAAAAUGUUCUCCCUUGAAAUUGUUCUCGACUUUUCUAAAAUGUUUCGUCCAUCAAGCGAAACCAUGCAAUGCAAGAGUCAUAUUAGAGAGUAUAAUCGCUUUAACCGUUAAAUUUAGGGAACAAUAUUGUUGUGUGCUUUCAAUGCUACACAAAUGAAGAACAAUAUUUUAACAUAUUUCUGAUUUUUUAUUAUAAUAAAUAGUUCAUGUCAUCACUUGUUUUUAAGUCACCUGAUCUUAGCUUAGUCACGACCCGGCAAACAGCACACCAAAAAUAUGCGGUGUUGCUGUACAGCUUUCAUUAGUUACAUUUAUAAAGGAAAAGGGCAUAAAAGUUUUUUGGCACUGAACAUGAAUAUAUCAAUAAAUUUAUUUUAGACAUGAAGUUUUGAACUCAAAACAUUCUGAACCUCUAAAAACCCAUUAGAAUUCAUUUCUAAAUCCAUGGUUUAAAGAAAUAGUGCCCCGAAAACACUACACAACUGUAUGGGUAUGUCUUAGCAUGGGAAUUUGGUUUCCCCCUACUACCGUCCUGUUAACCAUUUUUGUAUUUUUUGUUCCAUUGUAUAUGUUAGUAUUAGUUCAUUUGUAUCAGUUAUGUAUGGUUACGAACUGUGAUUAAAGAUUAAAGAUUAAAGAUUAAAGAUUAAUAUGAAUUUGUACGUCUCAGAGGUGAAAGGUCGUGUGUUCGGUAGUGGACAAAACACCGACUCUCAGCCCAUGGACCAGGGGCACCCAACCAGAAUAUAGUUCAAAACUACUUAAACAUAACAUAGUUAAACAUAUUUUAGUAUUUAAAUAGUAGAUAUAGACAUAUUGUUAUCCCCUAAAAAUUGUUCAUCUGGUCGGAUUUCCUAGCUGAAAGUCUAGUGAUCCGAAAAUCAUAGGGAUCAAAACUUACCUUUUCGAAAAUUUCAGCCAGAAAAAAGGCUCCUGAAAAUUCCAGGUGAUCUUUUUAGGGUAAAAAUCCGUUGAAAAUGGGCAAUUAUACCAUUUUUUAGGUGUUCGAAAAUCCUAGGAGAGGCAGGCAAGCAAGAAAUUUUACAACAAGUGUUCCGAAAAUUCUAGAUCUCAAAUUGUCUUCCGAGCAGAUAUUUUCCAAAAAUUGACAUUGGGUGCCCCUGAUGGACUACUGCCAUGGACUACCUAUAUGGACUAUGCUGCUGAAGUUAAUUGAUUUUUAGGAAAUUGAGUGAAUCAGUUUCUAUUUGGGGUCAUUAUACUGGGGAAACUGACCUGAAACUUGAUUCACUCAGUUUGCUAACCCUUAUUACUUACUUUUAGCAGCAUAGUCUAUUUUAGAGUAGUCCAUGGGAGUAGUCCAUGGACUGGGGGUCUGUGUUUUAUGAGUCAUACCUCACAAAACAAGAUUUUAGUCACUUUUAGAGGUGUUUUUGAAAAUUUGCAGUGAGUAAAGUCUCCAUGAUUUUUAUGGGGUGAUUAAGUUGGCGAGACCAACCUUGGAUUUACGAUAAUUAUUGUUUGAACAAGAAGGUCUUGGUUUGUAUUUUUAUACUUGGAAUUUUUAGUCCUAAUUAGUUCCUUUUCAUAAAUUUUGCAGUCCAAGGACAAAAUGAUGAGAGGUACAAGAAGAGGAUGCCUGCGCCUAAAAGUAUGUAAAUUUUAACAAGUCAGAGUACUUUUUGAUAACAUUAUUAACCCAUUCACACUUGGAGAUUUUGCAAAAAGACUUGCAGCUAGUUGAGCCCUUUCCUGGUCACCAUUUGGCCAAAAAGAGCCAGACAUUCUGAAAUUUCUUUUGAAUUGUCUACUUGCAUAAGGUUUAGGUUUCUUACUCACAGAGCUUUUACCUUGUAAUGUGAAAGCUUACAGUAAUCAAUCACAGCAGCUGAAAAAAAAAAAGUAGCUUUCAUCUGAAUGGUCGCCUGUAUAUUUAUCUCCUGUAUAUUUAUAGGCCUUCACAAUGCACCUCCAGUCCUCUGUCUCUGUCAGAGAGGGUAACAAAUGAAAACCCCAAAACUUUAUGUAGUGUCACAACACUUACCUAGUGAAAGAACUUUAGGAGGUCUCUUUUUUAUGUCAGUUCUCACACAGAGGUGGUGGUGGUGGGGAGGGGGCAAGGCCCUCUGUUCUCUCCCCUCCCUCCUGUAUGGUCCCUGUUUUUUACUUAAAUAUUUAUUUUAGGGAGCAAACAUUGGUAUUGAUGAUGAAGAUGAUAGCACUUUUACCAUCAACUGUGAUCAAAAAACAUUUCACUUUCAAGGUAUGUUUACUGAUAGCGGUGUAAGGUUAUGUAUGAUAUGAACUGUGGAAAUGAAAAUUAUAUUCAGAUUACAGCAGUUGUGCAAUGCCAUGCAAUCUCAUUGCUGAAAUUGAUCAAUCUUAUUUUUCUUUUAACAUAGUAUUUAGUUAGGGCACGUGGACUAUCUUCAGCUUCUUAACCUAUUUGCUCCUGGGAAUUUUCCCGAAAAUCAGGUUUUUAAGCUACAGUCUCAGACAAAAGUAGUCGGGACACUUCCACCCAACACUGUUUUUUUACUUCUGGCCCGUCUCCUCGCCCUCCCAAUGUUAUUUAUCACAGUUAACUCACCAAAUCUUGUGCACCAACUUUGGGAGGGCAUGAAGACAGCAAAGUGUCCCAUGUUCAAUUUUGACUGAGACUGUAGUUGAGUCAUUUUCAGGUCACUGUCUUGCUAUAAAGAGCUAAAACAUACCAAAAAACUGUUGACAGGUCAUGCAUUAGGCAAAUUCUGAUCCAGAUGCAAAAUAUUAGUUUCCGAAAUUCGGGCACGUGCAGAAAGCAAAAUUUUGAGAUAGCUGUUGGGGUUAACAGUGACACAGCAGACUUGACAUUUUCUUUUGGUUUUCUCUCCUCUCCUCUUCUUUUGCUUUUCUUGUCUAAUUUUUUUUUCUUUUGCUGGGCAUGAAAUAGGCUUCAUUUAAGUUGUCGGGAAAUUUUUAGGAUCUUAGGAUUAGAUGGAAGAAAAGGUAGGUGGGUAGUGAAACCAGAUUUUUCUGGGGAGUUUUCAGGUCAAUGUGUUACAUGUAUUUUUUUUUUGCCUUUUACUCUGGCCUCCUUGACUGAAUCAUGCUCACUCUGGUAUGGUUUGAAAGAUCUCUUCACCCUGCGCAAGUUAGCUGACAAAGUUGUUCUUAAACAUUAAAACUGAUGACAUCACAAGCUGUAGAAGGGACGUGUGAUCCUCACAGGUGGUUACGGGCAGUUGAGGGGCAAAUGGGUUAAAUAACCAAUCAGUUUCAUACAUAUAGAUCUUUCUUGAUUCAGACAAAUGGCAAUUUUACUGCUGAUGUUUACAUAAACUUUAUAGCAUAAUUAUGUACAUUUACCUAACUGAUGUUGUUUUUUUUUGUCAGCUCGUGACUCAGAAGAAAGAGAACAAUGGAUCAGAGCAUUGGAAGACACCAUCAAAAGACAUUCCCAAUCAAGAAAGGUUCGGUGUAAAUUAAGUUUUUGAAGCCAGUGUAUCAACUUUAGAAAUUUUUAGCCCUGAUGUGCGAAAAUACCAGUGCAGAAAACAUAAUAUGAAUUGAAAACAUUUUUGAACUUUGGGAUAAAUGGGCUAAGUUCCAAAAUCCAGGAGUUGGGUGACCUGUGCCAGAGACAGGGAGAUUUUUAUGCCAAAUCCAGUAGACUCCUGGAUAAGCUGGGAGAGUUGGCAUAUCUGCCAUUACCCUUACAAAACUAUUAUUGCAAAUUUUAAAAUAUGAAUUGACAGACUGUGCAUGAUUUUGCCCCAAUUUCUCAGACAACGAAAGUAUAACAGGGCCUUCUAUUUUUGCCCAGAUUUUUAAAAUAUUUCCAUGUCUAAAAUUAAAAUUCCAUCUAUUUCCAGGAUUUCUGUGAUCUUUAUGAACCCUGUAGGUGAAAUUUCUUUUGUCUGCAUGCAUGUAGUUUUGUUUACUUUUUUAAUUAAGAUCCAUUUGUUUUGUGCUUGAUUCAGCGACCAAUGCCUGGCUUUCAGACAGUGUUUGACCCAUCUCAAGAAAACUUGGAAAUGCGUUUGGCAGAAGCUGAGGCAUAUCAAAAGAUCCUUGAGCAGCAGAUCAAGGUUGUAUUUUUUAUAUACUUAGGAUCAUAG